AUAGUAUAAUGGGUUCUAUUGGUAAAAUUAAAAUGAAACCUGACUGUUUGCCAUCGAAAUUUCAUUGUCAACCGGACAGAAUAAAACGAACAGGGCCAACACAACCUCGAUCAGUUGUAAGCAAAAGACGACGUAUGAACAUAUUAGAAGAAAUAUUUUCUAAGGAAUUGCCAUCAACAUCAGGCAUGACCAUGACAAGCAAUAGCGAUUUCUUAUCUACUACUUCCGGGCUGGAUGAGAGACAUAAUUGUCAAGAUCAGAUGAUACAAGUAUGCCCUGAAACAGCUGAUAAAUUAACACAACUAUGUUUGUCUGCAAAGGUUAGAAGCAAAGCUGUACAAACUUCUAGUCAAGCUAAAGAUAAAAAUACUUCUCCUUUAACAACUCAUACUAAGACUAUAGCAACAUCACCUAUUAAAAUUAAGUCUCGAAUUGGAUCAGAAGUUAACAACUGA